AUGCCUAACAACGAGAUCGAGACAACCACCAUCGGCGACGGUGCCAAUGCGCUAACCGUGCCGCGCCUGCUCACGGGCCUGUGGCAACUUGCUGGCGUCGAGGCCGACGAUGGCAAGCUGAAGGAGCUUGCGUCCGGCCUGCAGCCGUACGUCAACUCUGGCCUGGCAGCGUUCGAUAUGGCUGACCUUGACGAGGACGACCCUGCUGAGGAGGUCAUCGGUGUGUACUCUGGGAAGCCGAUCACGGCGUUCACGAAGUGGUGCCCCGACAUCGGUCUCAAGGGCCCGGACGCAUGCAAGGCGGCCAUCGACCUGGCGUGCAAGCGUAUGAACACCAAGUCCAUCGACCUCAUGCAGUACCACAUCUGGCGCUACGACGACAUCGGCUACAUGGAGAACCUGUACGAGCUCACGAAGAUGCAGAAGGAGGGACGGAUCAAGAACCUCGGUCUGACGAACGUCAACCUGGCGCACCUCCGCCUGCUCCACAGCACCGGCUUCAAGCUCGUCACAAACCAGCUCUCGAUGAGUGUGCUCGACCGCCGCGCUGAGCUCGGCGGCAUGGCUGAGUGGUGCGCUAAGAACGGCGUUAAGCUCCUCGCGUACGGCACGCUGCUCGGUGGUUUCCUUUCUGAGGGCUGGGUCGGCAAGCCUGAGCCCUCGGCGAAGGAGCUGGGAACGAUGAGUUUGCAGAAGUACAAGCGCUUCAUUGACGUUGCUGUAGGUGGCUGGGACGCCUUCCAGAAGGUCCUCGCCGCAUGCGCGGAGGUCGCGAAGAAGCACAAUGUCGCCAUCCCCGCGGUGGCGACCCGCUACGUCCUGCAGCAGCAGGCCGUUGGGUGUGUCAUCGUCGGCUCGCGACUCGACAACUCCGUCGCUCAGAAGUACAUCGACCGCAACAAGGCUGUCUUCUCCUUCGAGCUCGAUGACGCCGACAUGAGGACGAUUCGCGAAGCCCAGAAGGCGCUCAAGCCCAUCCCCAACGACUGUGGUGACGAGUACCGCGUUCCGCCGUUCCUGACUGCCUCGGGCGACCUGGGCGACCACCUCGACCCGGCCGCUGAGCGCGAGCAGCUCGCUACGGUUGAGCGCAUCGCGAAUGCAGGCGGCAGGGUGCAGGUCUCCGGAGGAAGCAAGUACGAGCCGAUCGCGGGUUACUGCCGCGCCGUGCGUGUCGGCAAGAAGAUCAGUGUGUCGGGUACGACGACUCUUUCGCACCCGUCUGGAACUGGCGUGAUCGGAGGCAAGUCGACUGGUGACCAGGCGACGUUCAUUCUCGACAUCAUCUCCGGAGCCGUCCGUGCUCUCGGCGGAUCAAUGGCCGACGUCGUCCGCACGCGCGUCAUGCUCACGGAUGUCAAGAACUGGGAGCCGGUGUGCAAGGUUCACGCAGCCGCUUUCAAGCCGUUCGACGUCCGCCCCUCGAACACCAUGGUUGGAGGUAUCGACCUGAUCGGCGACGGGCUCUUGGUCGAGAUCGAGGCGGACGCCGAGCUGGGUGGCCAGAAGACGGAUGUCCUGAACAUCUAA